GCGUCUCAGCCGUUUGUACCUCGGAGCAAGAAGGGUUGUACCUACAGCGGAAAAAAAAACGAUCUAUGACGUUGAAGAGGUUCAGAUUUUGAAAUAAAAUGCUACAAGCAACCUGAAAUUAUACCGGUUUAAUUAUGUGUUCGUCAUUUUGUUUUUACAAUAAAUAAUAUGUAACUUAACCUUGAACGGUAAACAACUUUCAUUUGUUUACUCGAAACAUUAUCGUGCUGGAAGGCAAAAAUUGUUUGCUCUAAGAUUAUUGAUUUUUAACAUUACGUGCGAGAAGUGCAAAGCGGUUUGACAGUGAGAAGUAGGUAUCGAUUAAAUUAUGUGCUAACGAAAAUGUGGAUUGUUUUUGGUAAAUUGUGCAAUUGCGAAAACCGAGGAGGAAAAUGGUGAUACAGGGAAAAGCCCCAUCGAUUUUCUUCUGUUUCUCGGUUCCCAGAUAGCAUUUAGAGUUGAUUGAAACGUUAACUUGCUUUUACGUGUGUUCUACUCAUUAUUACAAAAAUGAAACUCCUCACCGUUCAUUAUAUGGGAUUUACCGCUAUGGACAGAAGGUUUUCGAAUCCGAUGUUGCCGUGGAUAGUUUCCGAAAUUCGCAAAAGAGAUUGCUACGAAAGAGUCAGCUUGGGUGUUGAAGAUGGCGUUCUUCAGGCGUACAAUUCGGAUUUCGAGCUACAAUUCUCACAUCACGUCCAAAAUAUGUCAAGAUUCUCACAGGCAGACAUAGAUCCGUGCACUUUCCUCUAUUUAGUGCGCGACGAUGGGGAACAACUGUUGUACUGCUACCUUUUCCAAGCAUUGAAGGCCUCUGAUGUUGCUGAUUUAUAUCAACAAAUGAAGGACAACCAAAAUACAACACCAACGAAAUCCUUAAGCAGCGCUAGCAGUUUGACGUCACUUAGCAUAGACAUUUCUCCUAGCUCCAGUAAUUUCAUUGAGGUGUUGUAUAUUGGUAAAAUAAAAGUGUGGAACAAAAAGGUACCUGACACAUUUAUCGACGAUGCACUUGAGAAAUUUAAAGCGCACGAUGAAGAGAUUCGAAGUAGAUUACAUGGUUCGCCUGAAACAAUGCGCGGUGACGGUUUACAGAGACGAUCUUCAAUUGAUUCUAAUUACAACAGCACAAACGUAACAGAGACCACCAAGUUUCCACCAAAUCUUAUACGUUCGUCAACGCUAUCUUCCAUAUCGGUCAAAAGUCCGGAAAUUGCAGAAAUGCCAUUGUCCGAAACACCAGAUAAGCCAUCGCUACCGCUUGGUGUAACCGAAUGUCAAGAAUCUCCCGAGGAAAUCUGUGAUAAUGUCAGUCCUAAUCCUCUUUGUCAUAUAAAACGUGUUAAAUUUAAAACUAGAAGCUUCUCAGAAAAUUCCAUGGCGGAUGACAUCCCGACUACUGCAGAUUCAAGCGAAAAUGCUGCACAUCCUCAUGAGAAUGAGGCAACCUCGGCUAAGUAUUCGAUGAAAUUCGACGAUCAUAAUCGCACCAUGGUGUUGCAAGUUGGCCGAGGUGACUUACGACUUAUCAGUCCUGAUCGAAAACUAGUUCUGCUUCAUAAGCAAAAUCGUGAUAUCACAACGUGUGCCAAGGGGAUACUUAAUCCGACACAUUUCGGCUUUAUCUGUCGCGAAGUUAACACGGCCAACGCAUACAUUGGGUACGUUUUUAAGUGCGAUUCACUGUCGGUUGCUAAUGAGGCUGUCGGAGCAAUCUCACAAGCUUUGACAAAUGCGGAUUACAAGUAUAUUCGUCCAGUGAUUACCUCGUGCGAACACUGUCCAAUGGUGUGGUAUCACAAGUUGUGCGCAGAAAUCGAGCAUUUGACCGACAGAAAGACUCACGGUGCUAUUUUACGUAAAUUAGAAACGCUAGAAGAGGAGGAGCAAACUAUUAUUCUUACCAAAUUUCGAGGUGCCGAAACCGAUUCUCUUCGAGAACAAAACGAGUUUCUCAUGAUGCUGUUACGUGCCCAUUGUGAGAUGAAGCAGGGGCGUCAUGUACACGACACCGCGGAAAAUAGGUCUGAAUUUUUGAAUCAGUAUUUGGGAGGAAGCACGAUAUUCACCAAGGCAAGGAGAACGCUCACAAACUCAUUCGAUAAUCUUCUUAAACGUAAAGCGUCUCGAGAGGAUAUAUCAAGCGUACUUAAAGAUAUGUCUCUGCCCAUUCACUCGCUGAGUAGGGAGGCCUCUCCUCAUGUGAGUGAUGACUCCGAUGGUUUUCGUUCGCGAUCAUCAACUAUUGGCUCGGUAAAUGAUCUCAAGGAUCGUUUGAGUGUGAAGGAUAGCAAAAUUUUGGUGUCACCUGAACGGCACCUAGCUGACAAAACCCUUAAGUCGCCAAUGAUGGAUAUAUUCUUUAAAGUUGGUAGUAGUCCCAAGUUGACUGUGCCUGAAGAAGGUUCACCUAAGCUAGACACUGGGUCGUGGCGACAGGCGAUGUUUAAAAGAGUCAUAACUCCUAGCAAGCAAGAGAUUUGUUUGAAGAAACGUAGCAAGGAGGAACUACGAAUGUUGUGGAAGAAGUCCAUACAUCAAGCAAUUCUUCUUGUUCGUAUGGAAAAAGAAAAUGCCAAGCUUAAAGCUAAGCAAGAGGAAAAUGCAGUGAGAAGGAUCAAAUUGGAGUAUGAUGAAUUGAAGUUGAAUCAGCGUGAAGUGAUCGAGGUUUGGGAUAUGAUCACUAAUAAGGAGACAAGGGUCACAGUUAAAACCGAUAAUCAGCUAUUACUUCAAGCGAUUCGGAGGGGAAUUCCACGUAGUAAAAGAGGUGAAGUGUGGCAUUUUCUCGCAGAACAUUACUGCGUUAACAUUGCUCCGAUAGACACAAACAAAUUUCCCAACUAUAAUAUACAAUAUGAAAGUUUGCUGAAGCAACUUACCUCUCAUCAACAUGCAAUUUUGAUCGAUUUAGGGCGCACGUUUCCAUCUCACUCGUACUACAGUAGUUCAUUAGGUCCAGGCCAGUUGGCUUUGUUCAACUUAUUGAAAGCAUAUUCUUUGUUGGAUCCCGAAGUCGGAUAUUGCCAGGGCUUGAGUUUUGUCGCAGGAGUUUUGCUCCUACAUAUGGAAGAAUCACAGGCGUUCUUCCUGCUUCGUCACUUAAUGUUUAGAAGGGGACUUCGAAAUCAGUAUUUACCAGAUAUGAUCGGAUUGCAGGUGAAAUUGUAUCAACUAUCAAGAUUGGUACGCGAUCAACUACCCGAUUUAUAUCAACAUUUUGACUUUUACGAAGUUGCGCCCACUUUAUAUGCGGCGCCUUGGCUUUUAACGCUUUUUGCUUCUCAGUUUCCAUUAGGAUUCGUCACUAGGGUAUUCGAUUUUCUUUUCCUAGAAAAUACAGAUGUGAUAUUUCGAGUCGCACUCGCAUUACUUUUGUUACACAAGGAGGAAUUACUGAUGUGCGACAGUUUUGAGGAAAUCAUGAAUUACUUAAAAUUAAAGUUACCAGCAAUCGACAAGAUUAUGUUAGAAAAAGUUAUGAAGGAGGUGGUCAGCUCUGACAUAUCGAAACAACUAAACGAAUACCUGGUGGAGUAUCAGGUACUUCAGGAGGAGCUAGCAUCUGUUCAACCUCAAGUCGAGGCCUUACAAAAAAUGGAAGCUCAAAAUAAGACACUUACCGAACAGAAUGGAGCACUAAUGGCACAGUUAGAACUUACACUUGGUAACAUACAGCGCUUGGAAAAGAAUCGUUCCGCUCAGCAAGCGUCAAUAAACAGACUGGAGGUGCAAAACCGUGGCCUUGAAGUGACUAUUACAACGCUUGGCGCUUUUAUUCAUUCAGUGAUCGAGCAAAAGAUUGACGUGGAUAUUCCCGAUGACGUCCGUCGAAUCUUAUCUCAGCUAACUUUCGCAGAAGAGCGCAGGAAUGAGAAAAACAAUGGAAUGCGCAUUAUCAAAUCGCCCCAAGAUAAAAUGAUUAAAUCACUGAGCACAGGCAGAAUCAUCUCGAAAGAUCUGAGAGUUCAAGAGUCAGAUAUUUUACGUUCAAAUAGCUUAACGGCCCGAUCACGUGCACCAUUCUCUUUGAGCUCACUUAACCAGAUCAAACCCCUGGUUGACAUUAAAAUUCAAGAUUGUCUCGGCAAUGACGCUCAUAAAUUAAAAAGCACUUCCGACUGCACCGACAUUAACAAGUACAAUUUCCUUAAAAUGGACGAAAAAUCUGUUAGUUUACCACUUUGUGAAAAAUUACCCGUUUAUGGUAAUAAAACAUCACCUACAAGUUCGAUCGACAGUGGUAUCGGAACACCCCUAACUCCAAGCGCUCAUCCGCUGAGUAAUUGUGAUGUACAGUUUACAUUUAACGGCACAAGAGAAUUGCUAAACAAGACCUUGAAGUCUACAGCAAGAAAAUCGAGCACAGAUUUAUCAAGUAAAUAAGUUUCUUUUUAUCAAUGUGAUGGUAUUACGAUAUUAAUAAUUUUUAUGUAGCUAAUGUAUAUAACCUUAAAGAAAUGUAGUAAAUGUGAAUUAAGAUUUAUAAUAAU